ACUCACACCUUUUAGCCUCCACAUAUCUCGAGGUUCUCUCUCUCUAGUCUCUAUAUAUGUGUCUCUGUUGAUUCCUUUGCUGUUAUCAUUUGUCUCAUCUCUCUCUCUCUUACUUUUGCUGCUUUUUCAAUGGGUACCAUUUUGAUGCCCCUUUCCUAUUGGCGCUAGAGAGAGAAACAGGAGAGUAAAGUUCCCAUUUUGAUGCGUUUUCUCCUCCUUUUUCUUUUUUUUUCUUUUUUUUUUUGUGAGGUAUGUGUGAGAAAUUUGUGAGAAGUUGGUGUCCUUCAUUGUCCGGAGCAAGAACUCAAAUGUGUUCUUAUUAGGGUUUUUCGCUUGCUGAUUUGAAGUGGAGAGAGUAGAGAUUGUAGCAGGAAAGUUGUGGAAUUUGGGACAUUGUAAGUAUGGAGAUCCAUUACUUCACUAGGGUUUUUGAUGAACUUAAGUCUCCCUUAAAUUGUUGAAACUUUGCUAUAGAAAAAGUAGGAUCUUGAUGGGUUCUUCAAGCUCUAAACCCACCACCAGCAAUGAAGCAUUGGUUCUCUGCAAGGAGAGAAUGCAUUACAUCAAGCGCGCGAUCGACGCGCGGAAUUCGCUAUCCGCGGCGCAUUUGCUGUACAUCCGGUCCCUUCGUAGCACCGGAAAUGCUCUGCGGCGAUACGCGGAGCCUGAUCUUUCGGUCGAGUCGUCGAUCUCGGCCUCCGAAGUAGAGAAAUCCCCAAGCCACUCUUCCUACGCAUCGCCGUCGCCUUCCCGCGAGCAUGCCGCCGCUUCUCCUCAGCUCGCAAAUGCGAGCUACAUGAGAGCGACGAAGAGUGCUUCUGUAACGGUGACGGUGGAGCGAGAAGCAGCUCACUUUGUUGAGCAUGAAUCUCUCCGCUCCCCCCCGCCGCCGCUGCCGCCGGUUUCCCUUGAAUCGAAUUCCUCAUGGGACUUCUUCGACCCUAUCGAUGCGAUAAGUUUUAGUAGUAGAUUGAAGGGUUUGAGACAAGUAAGAGAAGCCGAAGUGGUUCCUUUAAUCGAAGAGGAAACGAAAAAGUCCCAUGAAAUGCAAGAGGAGGUGGUCGACAUGUAUGGGAGUAUCAUUGAUGAAGCUCUAGGGGACGAGGGAGAGGAAGAAGUAUUAGCGGAAAGGGAGGAUGCUGCCGAGUACAUUACACAUAGGGCCAAAGAUUUUCUUUCUAGCAUGAGGGACAUCGAACACCGGUUUCUUAGGGCAGCAGAAGCGGGCAAUGAGAUGUCGAGAAUGCUCGAGACUAACAAAAUCAGGCUAAGUAUUUGUUCUGAUUUAUCAGGCAGACCACCCACUUCAAGAUUUCUCACAGCAUUUCAUCGAGUUUGCUGCAAUGGGGAGACUCCCCUUAAUCAAGAAUCUACGCAAAAUGCUACGAAGGUCAUCACUUGGAAUCGUUCAGUCUCGUCCCUGUCAUCAUCAUCCAAGAACCCUCUUACAUCGACAGCGAGAGAUGAUGGCGGCGAUAGUAGUAGUGAUUUUAUUGAGGAAUUUUCCAUGAUUUCGGGAAGCCAUUCUUCUACGCUGAACAGGCUGUAUGCAUGGGAAAGAAAACUUUACGAUGAAAUCAAGGCUAGCGAAUGUAUUCGGAAGGCCUAUGAUCAGAAGUGUACUCAGCUCAGACACCAAUUUGCCCGAGAUCUCAACGCAGAAUUGAUCGAUAAAACGCGAGCUGUUGUAAAGGAUCUGCAUUCGCGAUUAAGUGUAGCCAUUCAAGCGGUUGAUUCAAUAUCCAAACGAAUCGAGAGGAUGAGGGAUGAGGAAUUGCUCCCUCAACUCGUCGAGCUCAUUCAUGGGUUAAUCAGGAUGUGGAAAAACAUGCUUGAAUGCCACCAUUCUCAAUUCAUCACAAUCUCCUUAGCUUACCAUGCCAAAAGCUCGACGACCUCGACGCCUCCCUCACGAGACGGGCACCGCAAGCAGGCCUUGGUGCACCUAAAGAAUGAGCUGGAGUUCUUCAGCUCGAGCUUCACAAACUGGGUCGACGCGCUCGAAUCCUAUGUUGCGGCGCUCAACUCGUGGCUCCAGAAGUGCGUCCUCCAACCGCAAGAAAACAGAAGGGGAAGGAGAAGAGCCAUCUUCCCCCCUCGACAAGCGCUCUCUCCUCCGAUAUUCGUUCUCUGCAGCGAUUGGCUCACGGGGAUGAGAGUGGUUCCGUACGAUUUUCUUCGCGAUUGUGUUAAAGAACUCACCACCCUCCUCCAUGACUUCAUUGAAAAGUUGGUAGAAGAGGACAAGAAAAGGAAAGAAGAGCGGGGAGAGAUCGGCGGAACCGAGAAGAUCGAAAAUUACUCCAAGUUGGUUAGUUUGCAGGCGAGUUUAGCGAAGGUGUUCGACAAGUUGGCGAAGUUCUCCGAGGCCUCUUUGAAAGUAUACGAAGAUGUGAAGCAAGGACAUGAGAUUGCGCGCACCGCGUAUAAAAAUGGCGGGAUCUAAUCAUUAUGAAUGUGAUGUAGCUACAUUUUCAUCAUGUUUGUAAAUUUUUGUCAUCAGUGAUGUUCACCUCUUGAGGAUAUUUGGUGAAUAACCUAGUACAAAUAAAUUCAGAUGGGAGAAAAAUAAGUUGCAGUAUAUGUUUCUGGGUAAA